GCGGCAAGCACCCGUAGGACGCGAAAUUAAGAAACCGCCCGCCUCUAAUGAAAAGAAAAAACGGAAAACGAUUAAACGAUAUUCAAUUACUAUAUCGUAUUAAUUUUUAAAUGUUUAAAAAUUAUUGAUUAAAUACAAGGUUUUGAAUGAUUAAUUGUUUAAGUGGAUUUUUUAUUUGUUAGUGAAUGUUUCUGAAAAAUUUUGGAUUGUUGAUUAUUUUAGUUUAGAUGUUUGUGGAUCAAUCAAAAAGGAACGUCCACAUGUUAAGAAAACGUAGAAAGAGGCAUCAACGAUGUAAGGGUUAAAAAAGAAAAUUAUCGCAACACAUUCCUCUUAAUGGAAUGAAACUCGUGGAAACGGUUUUGUUGAUAAAAUAAUGGGCUGUGGUCACAGCAAGAUUAAUAUUUAUCCGAAGAGAUCAAGAAAUAAAAAUAAUAACAAAAAAACAGUUACUCAAGAAAAAGACGAAUCCGAAGAAGAAGAAACGAUUGAAAAUGAAACAGAUGAUAGAGAAGAUGUCGACGAUGUCGAUCGGAAGACAAUAAAAAUUAAGCCAAUUGGCGGACCACUGCUUGCUCAAAAGGAAUUGUCGUCAAGUCAACAGAAUUUUUUCAAAAUGUUAGAUGAAAAAAUUGAAAAUGGUCCAGAUUAUGAUUCGUCUAGUGAAACAGAAAAGGCAGCUGAAACUGCUCGAUUAACAGCUCUUUUAAAAGAUUGGGAAACAGCGAGUGCCGGUUCACGGUCGCUUCCGGCAACUCCAAAGAAAAACUGGCGACCAAACGAUAAAUUUUCCACGAUUCGAAAUGUGGAAAUUCGACAGCAACAACGAGCCUAUCAACAACAGCAACAGCCGAUCAUCAAUCAAAGUGUUGUGCAUCAAUCUUACGGUGUUAAUCCGCAUAUCAAUUAUCAUCCUGUAUAUAAUUCUUCAACGUACCACAGCCCUCCGCAUCAAACUCACCAAAUCCAACAAAACUUUCAUCAAAAUCAACUUUUAAAUUAUCCAUAUCAAGGUUUGGUGAACACUCAACAGCAACAACCUCAAAGACUGUAUAAUUCUAAUAGACAAAGUAACAUUCCUCAUCAUCAAAAUAUUUAUGGAGGGGUAUCUUCGUCUGCUGCCAUUCCUAAUCACGUUUAUUCCAAUGGGGAAUUGAUUCAACAACAAGUUUAUACGCAUCAAUUGCAAUAUCAACAAGCGAGGGAGUACCAACAAUAUCGACAAGCAAGAGAACAACAAUUAUUGAUGCAACAACAACAAAGAAAUUAUCAACAACAAUCGAACGUUGGUUAUCAAUCGGAAGAUUCGCCGGUUUUACAUCGGAAUCAUUAUGAGAUGGCGUGAAAUAAAAAUAUCUAAAUUGUCUAAAUUAGGGGGGUGGUUGAGAAAAAGAACGUUUCUUUUUUGUAAGUGCCAAAAAUUCAAAUUUCUUUCUAUCAUAAUCAAAAAAAAUCUUUAUACUAUUUUAUAUAAUCUAUAUCUACAUUUUGCAUGCCAAAAGAAAAUAACUUAAAAUUUAAAUAAAAUGAAACGACCAACCACCUUUAAUAAUAGUAAUUAAAAAUGUAAUGAGUUCGUAAAUGUAAAUCAAAGAGACAUAAAAAAAUAAUUUUAAAGUGCAAAAAUAUAUUUGUAGAUAUAAUUUUAAUUAAAUUGUAUAAUCGAAACAAGUGACAAACAAAUAAAAAUGAUUAAAUGGAAAUUAUUAAAAGUUAAUAUAAAUACAUAGAAAUAAACAAUCAAGAUGUUUUAGGUGAUCACAAAAUGAUUGAUAUAUGAUUACAUUCCAGUUUCAUGUUUUUGAGAAAGAAUUUGAAACUCAAUCAUUUAUGAUCACACAAUUUAAGAAAGUAUUGUCCCUUGUUAAUAAAAAAAAAAAUAAAAUAAACGAUGUGAGAUACUUAGUUUUAUCGUAUUUUAAACAAUUAAUACGUCUUCAAUUUUUUAAAUAUAAAAGAGUACCUAUAAAUAAAUAAAUUGAGCACGUGUUAAUUGUUGACCUUUCGCAAUGUGAUACCUGAUGAGCGUAAAUGUCUUUUUAGUGUAAGUAGUUGAGCAAUAGAAUUAUUUUAAAAUAUGCCGUUGUAUUAAAAAGAAAUAGCAAAAAGUAUAAAAAGUACGUAAUAAGCGCUAGUUCAAUAAUGUAUAAAGAGAGCUCCCAAUUUCUCCAGCCCCCAAUUAGAUAGGACUUUAUAUGUCUACUAUCCGUGCAAAAAGUCAAGGCCCCUCACU